AUGAUGCCCUCACUCUUAGGGGCUAGUAUGCCUCAUAUGCCACCUCAGAGUUAUUCUUCAGAUCCAACCUUUGAUGAAUUAUCCCGGCAGUUCACCUUUUCCGAUUCUAUACGAAGGAUAUCUCGUGGUUCGACCGGGCAGCGGACGCCGGGAGCUAUGCGUAUUGUCAAGCCGAGUAGUGCCAGCAAUAGUCCACAAGCCAUGAUGGCACGACGGAGGACUAUGAUGAACGACGGCAACAUUGCUCAGCGACGUCAGCAGGCCCUGAACCAAGCUGUCAUGCAGCAGAUGCAGCAAGACUGCACAUCCUAUUCGGCACCAGAGGAUCCCAUCAAAAGGAAUAACCGGCCAGUUAGUUGGCAUCCGACUUCACAUCUCCAGCAGCCGCAAAUGCAUAUACCUAUGCCACAGCCGGAUUUCUCCCAAUAUGUCAUCCCAACACCAAUGUCAUAUCAGCAGACAGACAUAUAUUCCGGAUACCAAAAUUUGCCACCAACUCCGGCAGUAUACUCCGGCCAAACCUCACCUAUAUCUAGCAUGUCACCGCUAUGUUUACCAUACACGGAAUCUUCUCAUACUCAUCCUACACCAACUUACAUAUCACACGAUGUAUGGAACCCUACGCCACAGUUCAUGCCUAACUAUACAGUGAACUCGAGCCCCGGCGAGUUGGAACCAUUUCCGUCUUUUGACGGUCAAACUUCAUUCAAUUGGGAUAAUGCCCUUAGCGCUCAUGAUUUCAAUUCUUGCACGGCCCCUCCAACGCCGGACGAGUUCCAGCCCGUACAACAACCACAACCAAUGGUUGCUCCUGAGGAAUCCAUACCUUAUCAAUCGCUUGAGGAGCCGGAGGAGGAAGGAGAAAUAUUAGUGGGCAUGGGACUGUACGAUCCACCAUGCAAGACGGAUGAAGAUCCGAGCUUAGACAACUACCGAACAACAACAUCACAGUUACUGGACACGACGUACAGAGGACGAGGUCACGGAUGGAAGCUAGAAGAGGCCUGGGAACCUCCAGCAUCAGAAGAUGAAGAGGAAGAUGACGAGGAUAACGAAGAAGAUGAAGAGAAAGAAUAG